AUGCCGACGACGACGACGACGGCGCGCGUGAACCUCGUCUCGAACGCGCGCGCGCGUGGGGUCCGCGCCCGACUCGGCAUUGUUACCGGGGCGCGAAUCCCUAGCGCGAGACACCCCGCGGGGGUGCCCGGGCGUCGGCUCGGAACCCUCGUCGUGGCCCGGUCCAGGGACGACGGCGGGAGCGGGGGCGGGUCGUGGGGCAAGUUCCUCACCGGUUUCCUCGUCGGCGGCGCCGUCUUUGGCGUCGCGGGCGUGCUCUUCGCGCCGCAGAUCUCCAAAACCUUCCUCAAGGGAAAAGGCGAGGUGGGCAAGUUCCUCUACGACGACUGGACCGAGGACGAGGAGGAGGACUCGCUGGAGAAGACGCGACAGAAUCUGAACGACAAGAUCGCGCAGCUCAACGCGGCGAUCGACAACUUCUCCACCGAGGCCGAUCGCGGUUUGAGCGACAAGAUCACCAAGCUGAACAGCGACAUGGAGGUCAUGGAGAAGGAUCUGUCUGGCAAGGAGGAGCGCAAGGAGGAGCCCAAGCCCGCGGAGUCGCGCUGAUACCCUCGUCGGGCGCCUUAUGAGACGGUUCCUAAUGUAACAACACACACAGGCACACAGAAA